CAUGGAACGCGGCGGUCGUCACAUAACAAAGUUUUAAAAAAUAACACCCACAUGUGUGUGUGUGUACACUCAUGCAUACACGGGUACACCUACAUGCGUAGAGAAUUUUCCAAAUAAAGGUUUCGCUAGAAAAAAUGCUCUAGUUAUAAUUAUCCAUCGAUUCGGCCCAGUUUAUCAAAUUUGAAAAAAAUAAAUCGGAAUUAAAUUGCAGUUCUUCUGUUGUUUUAAAAGUCCAGAGAACUACGCUUUCCGGAAAUAUUUGUGUACCUGUGUAUGUUUUAAAAAUGUACCGAAUUGCACUAAGUGGGGCGAAGCUCUCGGGUCCCGUUAUGAUGUAGUUCUCGAGUCAGUGACCAUUUAAGUUACAUUUUGAUGAUAGCUGACGAGGAAUCUCCAAUCUCCAUCUUGUUAUUGACAACUGUGAAGUUUUGUAAGGAAUGGAAUCAAUUAAUGAAAUCAUUGAUUCCCAGACAUUUAGCCAGGAACUGGUGGACGAGGCCAAUGAGUUCAUUACCGUUGGACACCAGAACCAGCAACAAGAGGCCGACUCCGAGUCCGAGUCACAUAGUUUACAUGGCGUUAGCGGUGAGGCCCUUGCAAUGACCAUGCAAUCAAUAAUAUCCUCGGCGGACAGAGCUGGCGAGGAGGAGCCCAGUUCUGUUGUGAUGGUCAUUGAUGAAAUCGGGCACAGAAGUGUGCAGACAGCGUAUCAGAUUAUGCCUCAACAGCUGCAGAUUCAGGGCAGGAACUUGCCACUUCCAUUGUCGUUGCUCCACCACCAGCAUCAGGACCAGGGCCAGCACCAGCAGCGUCAGGAGCGGAUGAUCGACAGUAGCCCAGUGGACUUUGUUGGCUCGGAUAUUAGUCUGGAUGGACUGACAGUGAAUACAGUGCUAUCCCAAGGUUUAUCUGUCAAGCAGGAGCAUAAGCUUCUUAUAGUUCGUCGAGAUCACGAUUUCAGCCAGGUUAGGAAUCCGCCUCAAGCCAGUAAACGUCAUAAUAUGGAUGUAGACGUUUCAAGCGUCGACGUUGGACUUAUGGAUGAGCUUUCGUCAGACGGCUUAGCCUGCGAGGAGGAAGAGGUCACACUGAAUCAACAUCAUCAACAUCAACAGCUUUUAGAACAGCAGCAUCAGUAUGGUCAUCUAACGCACCAUCAAACUCAUGGCCAAGUUCAUCAUAGUCUGCACCAUCGAUCAGCCCCGAUGGGACUGGGACACAAUGGAAGUGUUCACAGAGAGGUUUUAUCCGUCAUUGUACAGUCGCACGAGGACGACAAGGAUGUGGAUGGGGAUGCGGAAGAAGACGACGACGACGAUCGAGACUCGGGUGGACGCGACCAAUUACUCAGCCCUGUAUUGGAGCACAGCUCAUAUCAAACAUUAACAUCGGUCAAUGAUCGCUUAUCACCUCCCGGUUUUAGUCCAACCUCUUAUGCCACGCUGACACCCAUCCAACCACUUCCGCCUAUAUCUACGAUGUCAGAAAAGUUCGCCUACUCUGGCCACAUCUCCGGAGGAGGGUCUGGAGGGGUAGGUGGCAAUGGAGCAGAAGGCACUACCAACUCAUCCGGCGACGCUGGAGAGACAGCUACUGUCAGUAGUGGUAAUAUCAGCGGUUCUGGUUGUAGCAACAACGAUUGCAGCUCAUUUUCAAGUCUCCCCAUGGCCAUGGGUAGUGGUCACCUUGGUCUGAGUGGAUUAUCUGGAGUACAGUCGCCGUAUUCCUCCUACGACAAGUUGCCUUCGAUGAUUUCUCCGCCCCCCCACAAUUACUCCGGCUCACCAUCCCACGGGCUCACCGGAAUGGUAGUUUCGUGCGACCUGCACACGCACAGUUCCUCAGUGUCAGUGCCUUCCCCAGUAACUGGUGGAUGUGUGACUCUUUCCCCUCAUUCGAACUCCCCUCAGUUGCAGAUAGGAGUCAGGGCCAACGGCCAAAAGAGAGACGUGUUGACUACCCAUGGACAUAAUCAUGGACACGGACACGAUCACGGGCAAUCACACGGACACGGACAUAAUCAUGGACUCCAGCUGAUACCAGUAACACUGCAGAAACAGGUGAUAUGUCUCUCACCUUCCGGUGUUUUAGGGGAUAGCGUGGUUGUGAGUGAUUAUGAGUCAUCCUAUAGCGGGCAUCACCAUGACCAUGAGCUGAUAAUGGCAACGUCUUCAUCGACAAGUUCCACGGCCGGACUUCAACAUAGUCCAACACUUAGUCCCCACUCAGCAUCCGCCGGUUCAGUUGUUUCCAUGUCACUACACUCGCCCACAUCGGUCGUCGCCAUGCCCAACAUAAAUGGUUCGAUACAAAGUCUAUCAGCCGAAAUGCCUGUUGUUGCCUCUCUAACUCCUACACCUCCACCUGUAACGUGUGCUGAGAGUGAUGAGGGUGCUGCAGGCAUGGGAAUGAGCGACGACCCAAGUCAAAGACAUCAACAUUUCCUUCAGAAAAGCCAAGAUAUUAGUGGCGAUCAGUGCAGUCCACAUAGCAACCCUCAUUCACAAGCCAACACAAGCCAUCAACAGACGCAGUCUCAUCAAAAUGGUUACCAAAACGUGCAGCAGCAGCUUUCAAAAUCGCAUUCCCCAAAAUCCAAUCCUGGAACUAGCGGAGGGGGAAGCAGAACCAGCAGUGCAAGUGAUAUGGAAGAGAUCAAUACAAAAGAGCUGGCUCAGCGCAUCUCGGCCGAACUGAAGAGAUACAGUAUUCCACAGGCAAUUUUCGCACAGCGCGUCCUUUGCCGCUCCCAGGGCACACUAUCUGAUCUGCUGCGCAACCCAAAGCCAUGGUCAAAGCUUAAGUCCGGACGAGAAACGUUCCGUAGGAUGUUCAAAUGGCUGCAGGAGCCAGAGUUUCAGCGUAUGUCUGCUUUGCGUAUGGCUGCCGCCCAAAUACCACAACGUACUCCGAUUUCAGUUCAAACAGGGGUGAGUGGUACAUCGGGAUUGCCAGCGGCGGCAGCUUCGACCAUAACGGCUACAGACUCGUCACCAACUAUGCCAACAAUGACAGGAAGUGCUUUGCUCAGUGGAUCUUCGACUGCCCCUUCUUCGGGUGGUGCCGUGGCCAGUACUGUCAACUGUCGUCGUAAGGAGGAACCGCAGAUCGAGCAAAUGCCGCAACCAAAGAAGCCACGGCUGGUUUUUACGGACCUCCAGCGACGAACGCUUCAAGCUAUUUUUAAAGAAACCAAGAGGCCUUCGAAGGAGAUGCAAGUAACAAUUGCUCGACAGCUGGGACUAGAACCCACCACCGUGGGUAAUUUCUUUAUGAACGCUCGACGUCGUUCGAUGGACAAGUGGCGGGAUGACGAUACAAAGAAUGCAAUGCAUUCCAUGCAGAGCCGACAGCAACAACAGGCAAGCAAUAAUUUGUCACAUGCAAACUACGCCAACAUCCAUACGACAGCGAUGUCACCCAUUGGGGCUUUUGAUGACGAGGCUGAUAUGGAGUUGGAGCUGGAAAGUCACGACUUUGAUUUAGUUGACGAACAUGGGGAUAACAGUGACGGGCAGGGCGAUAUGUUGUGACAGCAUAGACGAUGCGGGCAACAAUCAGACAACAAGAACAAGCCGAAUGAGAUGGAGGCCAAGCUAUCUGAAACUCGUACUCGUUCCCGCCCCCGGACUCUCCACACAAGUACACACACGCACACGCCUUCCGAUUUAGAAAUCUACUCUAAUGCAUCUACAUCUACUUCUGCAUCUACAUCCCGAAGGACAGUGAGAUUCCAUAAUAAUACAAUUCCACGGAAGGGGGAAAUUGGAGAUACUCUGUUAACUGACGCUGAUCGUGAUGGUGAUGGUGAUGAUUAUGUAGAUCAUUUGGCUGAGAUUAAGCCACAGCCAGAAACGGAUGAAAAUUGGGCCCCAAGCACAUGUAAUGGGCUGCAACAGCAUCAAACCAACAUCUGUAUGGAUGAUUUAGGCAUUUCUGAUUACCUGGAUGACCUUAAAGUCAUGAUAGUCUGCUAAAACUUGCAAACUCACAUUCAAAAAGUUAUUUCCAUUGUAAAAAAUUCAACCCUAAAGGUGUAAAAAAGAUUAAGCUAAAUGAUAAAGAUAAAAAUCAAGUACCACUUAGCACUAAGCACAACUCAAAUGAUUUUUCCAUUCAAAAGAUAUUUAUCUACAAUAGUAUUUUUGUAACAUACAUAAAUUCAUACAUACACAUACACACAUUUAUUGUAUUGUGUUAUGUUCGAGUGUGUGCAUGAGUGCAUGUACAUAUUUUGAAGGUAGUGGGGCGAGCAUUCCCAAAACUUAAUUAUUACCGAUUCAAAAAGUCUAAGUAUGUAACUGUAUCUAGUCAAAUUUAUAAAAUUAACAUCCAACUACAUUAUAUAAACAGCUCUUAGAAAGGUGCGAAUAAUUAUUUGCAAUUAUCAAUCAUAAUUGAUCACAAAAUGUAUGAUAUGUAUGAAAAAUGCAUAUUCAAAUGAGUUACUGAGCAAAUAAUGAGGUGUAAAUAGUGAAAAUACUUACAGAUAUCUAUGGCCAUAGUCCAUCGCUUGUUCGAACUAAUAAUUCCAAUUAGGUGCACACGUGCAUACUGUACAUUAAAAGCUUGCAAAUGGAGUUAAAUGUAAUACGUUGGGCAUUUGUAAAACAACUAUUUUUUUCGAGAAUAGAAAACCAAAAGCUCACUGCAAAUAGCUAAAUAAAUCGAGUACAUCGUUGAAGUUUAAAUAAUACUCAACUGCGACUGCAUCUGUAACAAGCACUUUUUGUAUCUGUAUGCUAAUUGAAAGAAAGGGAAGGUGAAGGGCAAUGAUGCAAUAACGCAAUAAGGAGAAUCUAUAUGCUAGUCAAUUUAGUUUAAAUACAAUUUUUGCAAUGGCAAAUUUUUGGUUAAGAGUUAAGAGCACUCGAAUAGUGCGCAUCCACACCUACUCGUACGUAUAGACCGAUUCAUAAAAUAAGUAUCUGUAAAAAUCCAGUAAAUGCAAUAAUAAAUUAAAGGCAACCCAACCGUAACUAUUUAAGUACCUAUGUAUGUAUCUAUGCCUUAUAUGUAUGUAUACAAUUUAAAAAGCAACAACCCAUAGCCAUGCAGUUGUUUUAGUUCUUUUCCGAACGAUUUCCAAAUUUUAUAAUCAAUUUUCAUUGCUUAUUUCAUACUGUGUUUUUGGCACUUUUAGAGAACUUCGUUAUAUAUUAUUAAUGUUUUUGUUGGACUUUCAGUUAAACUAAAAUCAAAUCAAUACAUAGAGAUACAUGCUAAGCAGAAUGUACAUAUACAUACAUAUGUACAUGUGUUCAAUCUAAACUCAA